CUCCGCCUCACUACCAUGCAUGGCAUGAAUGGUUUUGGCAAUGGCAAGAUCCAUACGCGCCGCAAGUGUCGCAAUCGCUUUGUCAAAAAGAAUGGCCAGUGCAAUGUGCAGUUUGCCAACAUGGACGACAAGUCACAGCGGUACUUGGCCGACAUAUUCACCACAUGCGUGGAUAUUCGCUGGCGAUGGAUGCUGGUGGUCUUCACUCUUGUGUUUGUCGUUUCUUGGCUGGCCUUUGGUUUGGCAUUUUGGGUCAUUGCCUUACUGCACGGGGAUUUGGAUAAUCCAGCCGGAGAUGACAACUUCACCCCAUGUGUCCUCCAAGUCAAUGGAUUUGUGGCUGCCUUUCUAUUCUCCAUUGAAACACAGUCUACGAUAGGCUAUGGCUACCGAUGUGUCACUGAGGAAUGUCCCGUAGCGGUCUUCAUGGUGGUGUUCCAAUCUAUAGUGGGCUGCAUCAUUGACUGCUUCAUGAUUGGUGCUAUCAUGGCCAAGAUGGCAAGGCCUAAGAAGCGAGCACAAACACUGUUGUUCAGCCACAAUGCUGUCAUUGCGAUGCGAGAUGGAAAACUGUGUCUCAUGUGGCGGGUUGGAAACCUUCGCAAGAGCCACAUUGUGGAGGCCCACGUGAGGGCACAGCUCAUCAAGCCUCGGAUCACCGAUGAAGGGGAGUAUAUUCCUCUCGACCAAUUAGACAUCAAUGUGGGCUUUGACAAAGGCCUGGACAGGAUUUUCUUGGUUUCACCCAUAACUAUUCUCCAUGAAAUAGACGAGGAGAGCCCCCUUUUUGGGAUCAGCAAACAGGAUCUAGAGACAUCUGAAUUUGAGAUUGUCGUCAUCUUGGAGGGAAUGGUGGAAGCAACGGCCAUGACCACUCAGGCUCGCAGUUCCUACUUAGCUUCCGAGAUCCUUUGGGGGCACAGGUUUGAGCCGGUCUUGUUUGAGGAGAAGAACCUUUAUAAAGUGGAUUACGCUCACUUUCACAAAACCUAUGAGGUGCCGUCCACCCCUCGAUGCAGUGCCAAGGACAUGUUAGAGAACAAAUUCCUUGUUCCGAGUUCAAACUCAUUCUGCUACGAAAACGAGCUGGCUUUCUUAAACCGUGACGAGGAGGAGGAGGAGGAGGAUGUAGGUGGUGGGAGUAGAGUACUGGCAAACCUCAGUCCAGACCGGAACAGCCGACAUGAGUUUGAACGCUUACAGGCCACCAGAACUCUGGAUCAAAGGUCUUAUCGGAGAGAGUCAGAAAUAUGA